GAAAUGAUUGUAUUUAUUAGCUGUCUUUCUGUGGCUGUCCCCAUGGCAACAAUUUGUGAUGGCAAAGAAUGUGAGAAGGGGAGGCUGAUGCCUGAUUGGGAUGCUUUGUAUUUGGCAAAGUGGCUCCUGAUUGGCCUGAGAGAGCCCCGAACUCGGCGGAGUCGAUAUUCAUUCAGCUUGCUCAAGUGCUUGCUCAACUGCCUCCACACACCGGCUGCCUCUGCUCCGCCGGGGUGGCGGUGUGUAACCUGCCUAACGAGAUUAGCGGGAAGGGCUCUCCUCCACCAGCACCGCCGGAGAAGCCCCCGCGCGCCGGGCAUCAUACUCCAAGCCUGCUCGCAGGUUGCCCGGGACGGAUUAUAAACUUUUAAUGGAAAACUCUGCACGCGACGUCCAGUGAAAUGGCAUCGGACAGUGAGGUAAAAACCCUGCUGAACUUCGUCAACCUGGCCUCCAGUGACAUCAAGGCAGCUCUGGAUAAAUCCGCUCCCUGCCGCCGGUCAGUGGACCACAGAAAAUACUUGCAGAAGCAGCUCAAGAGGUUUUCUCAGAAGUACUCGCGGGUCCCGCGGUGCCACCCUGGCAAGCCGUCGGAGUGUGGCCCACGCCGGGGAGUGGAGGACAGGGCCCGUGGCUGCCAGCCCGAGGUGCCCGACCCUGGUCCCCACAGCGGGGCUGCUGCUGAGAAGGCGCUGCGGGCAGCCGAGGCGGAGGAGAGCCUGGCUGGGGAGCGGGCUUUGCUGGAGCAAAAUCCCGAGGCCGGCAGGCCCGACCAGGUGCCCAUGAGGAAACGACAGCUCCCUGCCUCCUUCUGGGAAGAGCCGCGGCCAGCCCAGAGCCUGCCAUCCAGGGGCUUCCCCCCGGGCCCUGAGGGGCUGUCAGCCCCCAGAGACACUCCUCCCUUUGAGGGGAAGAAAAGCAAAAGGAGCCUGGACAGUGCUGGUCCUGAGAGCCCCCCUGAGCCUGCCCUGCAUGCAGGGGAGAAAGACCCUGCUGGUGUCCUCUCAGGCCGGGUGGGUGCCUGGACCUGCUGCCCCUUCCCAUGCCCUGGGCCAGCUGUGUACCAGCCCCCAGGGACGCUGCCCCCAUCGUCCUUCCCAGGGCUGGGGCUGUGGAGGAAGAGUGCAGCCACACUGCCAGCCGAGGCACAGCCCUUCUGCAAGGAGGCGGAGGGAGCGGGACAGAAACUCUACAGACCCGUGGUUUUGAAACCCAUCCCCACCAAGCCUGCUGUACCCCCACCGAUUUUCAAUGUUUUUGGGUAUCUUUAGCCACGGAAAAGGGCUAGGGGGUGUCACACUGGACACGACAGCCCUUUAGAGAGAGCUGAAAUGUCAGGUUGGGCAGUGGGUAUGAGCUGCUGGCAGUGUGGGGAAGGAGCUUCUGUCCAGAGACGUCAGCAAACACGCUGUUGUCCUCCUGCACAGGCUGGAGUGAAUCAGUAACUGUUUGGCCUCCAUUCUCCUCUCACCACACGGGUGCAAAUCAGGAAUAAGCCUUAUGAAGCUGGUGGCAUGGCGUGUGAGGCAAACCAGGCCUCUUUUGUGGAAGCACAUUGUUCAAGCUAUGGCGAGGGGGCUCCGGGCCAUUCACAGCCCGCACUUGUAACACCUAGGAGACCUCCUCCAUGUGGGAACAUCUUCCCAGAGUUGCCGUCUGGCCAGAACAGCGAAAUGAAAUGAAUUAAACUGCUUGAAACAGUUUUUGUACUUUUAAGUAAUUCUGGAGACGUCAAGAUAUUCAGGUCACUUCCUUUUGCAUGCAAGAGACUGGAAGGACAGUAUUUAAUGUAGAAACCAUGUUUGUGGAUUCAUUUAAGCUCUCCUUGUGUGUAAAUACUGAGAGAAUUAAAAAAAUAAAGGAAGAAAGGAGGUAAUUUUAUUCUAGUGAUUCUGCAAAUGUAGUGUGUUUACUUUUGCCCCACUGGGUAGACACAGGUUUAAUUUGCAACUGGUGGUUAGACACGAGGGCUGAAAUCUCUGCCCAUUCAGAGUGAUGUAAAUCAAAUGUAAUUCUUCUGAGGCUGGGAAAUUAGCUGGUGUUAAACCAGUGUAAAUGAAAGCCGAAUGAAUUUCUG